AUGGUAGCUUUGAUUGAGGGUUAUAGUGCUAUUUUGAAGAAUAAAAUUCCUCCAAAGUUGAAGGAUCCGGGAAGUUUCAUAAUUCCAGUUUCUAUUGGGGGACGAGAAGUUGUUGGGAAUUGGAGAAGCAAGGCCAACUUAGUCACUUUGCAAUUAGCUGACAAUUCUAUGGUACAUCCGGAGGGAAAGAUUGAAGACGUCCUAGUACAAGUUGACAAGUUCAUUUUUCCAGCAGAUUUAAUCAUUCUUGACUAUGAGGAAGAUAGGGAGGUUCCAAUCAUUUUAGGGAGACCAUUCCUUGCCACCGGGAGGACUUUGAUAGAUGUUGAAAAAGGAGAGCUCACCAUUCAAGCUCAAGAAGAACAAGUAACAUUCAAGGUUUUUAAUCCAAUAAGCUUUCCUAAUGAAAUUAAGGCUUGUUUAUCCAUAAGUGCUUCCAACCCCAAGAUGCAUGAAUAG